AUGCGGUCCUUCUUCAAAGCACCGCUGGUGCUGCUCUCGUCUAUGGCGGCGCUCCUGGCGCCUGCCUCGGCGGAAAGGCUGCUGCUGUCCAAUUCCCUCAACACCUGCCAGCAGGACUCCAGUUUCUCGGCUUCGCUCUUCAACGUCGUCUAUACGCCUUCCAACAACUCGGCCAGCGUGCAGAUGGUGGUCACUUCCUCCAUCCAGGGCAAGGUCAUGUUCGACCUGGCCAUCUCGGCCUACGGUUACCAGUUCCUCCGGAGGACCCUCAACCCCUGCGACAUGGACCUUGCUGGUCUCUGCCCCAUGGUUGCUGGCAAGAACUCGUUCGGCUUCAACCUUGCCGUUGGUGAGGAUGCUGCUAAGCAGAUCCCGGGCAUCGCCUACAACAUCCCGGAUCUCGACGCCAAGGUCAAGGUCUAUGUCAACCUCACCUCGACCGGUGAGAGUGUCGCCUGUGUCGAGGCCGACAUCUCCAACGGAAAGACAGUCAACUUGGUUGGCGUAAAGUGGGCCACGGCUAUUAUUGCCGGCUUGGCUCUCCUGUCUUCCGCUGUGGUGAACGGUCUCGGUCAUUCCAACGCUGCCGCCCACGUCGCUGCCAACUCGCUGGCCCUGUUCGGCUACUUCCAGGCUCAGGCGAUUGUCGGCCUUACCGGCGUUCCGCUGCCCCCUAUCGUGCAGGCCUGGACCAUGGACUUCCAGUGGUCAAUGGGUAUUAUUCGUGUCGGCUUCAUGCAGGACAUUUUUACCUGGUACCAGCGAGCCACGGGCGGCACUCCGUCGACCAUUUUCGAUUCUCUCACCACCGUGUCUGUCCAGGUCGCGAAGCGUUCCCUGAAGCGAUCCGCCGAGUAUGCUCAGCCAGCCAUGAGCCUGUUCAACCGGGGUCUCGCCAUGAUGCCCAAGACGGCAGUUCAGACGGCCGGCAAGUUGAUGAAGCGUGCCAACCUGACUACCGGCUCGGGCUCGUAUAUCGUCUACGGAAUCCAGCGUGUGGCGUUCAAGUCUAGGAUCGAGACGACCAACCUCUUCAUGACGGGCCUGACCUUCUUCUGCAUCUUCGUCGUCCUCACCGUCCUCGCAGUGGCCGCGUUCAAGGGCAUCUGCGAGCUAUGCGUGAAGCAGAAGUGGAUGGACAAGGACAAGUUCAUCGAGUUCCGCAACGGCUGGCUCACCGUCCUCAAGGGCAUCCUCUUCCGUGUCGCCCUCAUUGGCUUCCCUCAGAUGGCUAUCCUCUGUCUCUGGGAGUUCACUCAGGUCGACUCUCCCGCCGAAGUGGUCCUUGCCGUCUUCUUCUUCUUCGGCAUGGCCAUCACGCUCGCCUGGGGCGCCAGCAAGGUCAUCCGCAUCGCUCGUCGCUCCGUCGCGAUGCACAGGAACCCGGCCUACAUUCUCUUCUCGGACCCCCAGGCGCUCAACAAGUGGGGUUUCCUCUACAUCCAGUUCCGCGCUUCGGCCUACUACUUCAUUGCUCCGGUCCUUGGAUACACCCUGAUCAAGGCCAUGUUUGUCGCCUUUGCGCAGAAGAGCGCCGUUGCGCAGGCCGUGGGCUUCGUCAUCGUCGAGGCCGGCGCCCUGAUCGCCGCGUCGGUCCUGCGACCCUGGAUGGACAAGAGCACCAACUCGUUCAACAUUGCCAUUUGCGUCGUCAACUUCCUCAACGGCAUCUUCCUUCUGAUCUUCUCCAACGUCUUUGGCGCCCCGACCAUUGUUGUCGGCGUCGUCGGCGUCGUGCUCUUCGUCCUUAACGCCGCCUUCUCCUUGAUCCUGCUCAUCAUGGUCAUCGUCUCGACGACUGUCACGUUCUUCCGGAAGAACCCGGAUGCCCGCUACCAGUUCAUGGCCGACGACCGCGCCUCGUUCAUGAAGUCGCAGACGCAGCUCAACACGACGACGGAGCUCGACGCUCUUGCCGCCACGGCUCGCGGCGACAAGGCCGGAUACAAGUCGCACCUCGAUCUCGACGACGACAACGAGUCGCUCACCUCGGACGACAUGCGCCGCCGAACGGACCCUGCUGCCGCGUCGCAGCACUCGUUCCACCAGGGCGGGCCUCGAUCCCCCGUGAACCCGUCCAUGCCGCUAUUCCCGGCAGGACAGCGACCGGAGAGCCCGUUCCGCUCGGCUUCCCCGAGUCCCUAUCAGCGAUCGGGAUCCUCGCUCGGCCAGCAACGGUCACACCAAAACGCGAGCCCCGCAGGAUAUCGCUCACAAAACAAUGCCAGCCCCUGGCAGCGUGGAGCCGGCUAUGAGCACUAG